CAUAAUUUUUUACACACGCCAACGGAACGGACGUGUUGUGUGUCUAGCUGCAGCGUCAGGCAAAAGAAAAAAAGUUCCUCUCCAAUUUCCUAUCGUAAAGUGUACGUUUCUACUGUUUCCCGAAAAGUAUUGUAGCAACAUGAAACUGUUCGUUGUGUUGAGUGUGCUGAUUGCCGGUGCGCUGGCAUCCGGAGAAGGGCCGAAAGUGACGGAUAAGGUCUACUUCGAUAUCACGAUCGGUGGCAAGCCGGAGGGACGCAUCGUGAUCGGUCUGUUCGGUGGCACCGUACCGAAGACUGCCCGCAACUUCAAGGAGCUGGCCGAGAAGACCACCAAAGGAGAAGGCUACAAGGGCAGCAAGUUCCACCGGGUGAUCCGCGACUUCAUGAUCCAGGGCGGUGACUUCACCAAGGGAGACGGCACCGGCGGACGAUCGAUCUACGGCGAGCGCUUCGCCGACGAGAACUUCAAGCUGAAGCACUACGGUGCCGGCUGGCUGUCGAUGGCGAACGCCGGCAAGGACACGAACGGUUCGCAGUUCUUCAUCACGGUCAAGCAGACGAGCUGGCUGGACGGGCGUCACGUCGUGUUCGGCAAGGUGCUGGAGGGCAUGAACGUGGUGCGCAAGAUCGAAAGCACCGCCACCGAUGGGCGCGAUCGUCCGACGAACGAUGUCGAGAUUGCGGAUUCCGGUUCGCUGCCGGUCAGCGAGCCGUUCGCGGUUGAUAAGGCCGAUGCCACCGAGUAAAGGGAGAGUGCGAGUGACCGAAAGACGCUCUCUCUUCCCGGGAGCGUAUAGUAGCGUCAGAAAGCCGGUUGGGGCGCUACAGAUCGCACACUAUCCAUCCUGGACGAAUCCUCUUGUUCGAGCGAACGGAUGCACCCAUAACGACGACGAGAAGGAUGUCCAAGAAAAAAAAGUGAUUCAAAAAAAGGAAGGAAAGGGUUCUGAGUAGUGUGUUCGCAUUUAAGAGGAGAAGAGAUCCAUUCUUCGCUAAGUAAAUCUAAUUCAGAAAAUAAAAGAGACGAGAAGACAUAUUUUUAUGAUAAAAUUUACACCUAUAAA